AGCCAGUGGGACGCAGCCAGCGGCUACGUCUGCAUUUAAUUAAUCCAAACAAGUCAGUGGAGGGCCAGCAGAGGGUCAAGGGAGGGCUGCUUCAAACCAGUUAGAAGAGCUCACAUCAGGAGGAAUAUGGUUGUGGCUUCAGUGUUCUGCAGCAGCAGCAGGAUAAUGGAGACUCUGAGGGUUCUUCUAGUUUUGGUGUCCCUCCUGAUUUCUGUGGCACAUUCAGAGGACGUGCAGUGUUUUGCUCAUUUCAACACAGACACCGGUAAAUGUGAUGAAGAGAUUGGGGAGGUGAACAAAGAUGACUGCUGUCAAAACCCUCACUAUGGUUACCAGGAAGCAGACGGAGAACAUCAGUUCUGUGGUCCACCUGUGUGGUCGCCUUGGUCGGCAUGGUCACCAUGUAAUGUCUUGUGUGGAGACGGAGUAAGGCAGAGAACGAGGAAGUGUUUUGGCAUCAACAAAUCAGGUUGUGAUGAUAUUGAAAACAAUCUACAGAUGGAACCCUGCAGUGGCAUCUGCUGUGAUGAUAAGGGGUGGGGCUUGUGGCUCGCCUGGACACCCUGUUCGGUCACCUGUGGAGGAGUCGGAUCCAGGAAGAGACAGAGAGUCUGCAGCAGUCCUCCUGCAUGUCGCUUGGCCUGCAGUGGUGACUCAGAAGAGAAAGAGAGAUGUGAAUUUCUAAACAAAUGUCCAGUCCAUGGCAUUUGGUCCAGUUGGUUGGGAUGGUCUCAGUGCUCAGGUUCAUGUAUCAAUAACCAAGAUAGUGGCAUCGUCAUGCCCACAAGAAUGCGGCAACGUUCUUGUUCCAACCCUGCCCCCUCUAAUGACACAAAUCCACAUGGCAACACUUGCCCUGGAGACAGUUUCGAGAGGCAGGACUGCAGUGAGCUCCCAAACUGUGCAGUGAAUGGAAACUGGGGGGCGUGGUCUUCUCCUGGGCCGUGCUCUGUCACCUGUGGGGUGGGGUUACAGUUAUCAAAUAGGCAGUGUGACAAUCCCACACCCAAAUAUGGUGGAAAAUACUGUGAGGGGCCAAGCAGUCAGAGCAGCGUCUGUCAGAGUCCCUGUCCUGUCCAUGGGUUUUGGUCCGGCUGGUCUAGCUGGAGUGAGUGUUCAGCCUCCUGUAUCCCACAAGGCCAACAACUCACUAGAAUCCGACAGCGACUUUGUUCUAACCCCGCCCCUUCAUCCAGCCCACCGGGCCAAGCUUGCCAAGGUGAAGCCGAGCAGGUGUCGAACUGCGCAAACCUUCCAUACUGCCCAGUAAACGGAGCUUGGGGGCCUUGGUCAGCCUACUCUUCCUGUGCUGUUACCUGUGGGGUGGGCCUUCUAGUGUCAUCCAGGAAAUGUGACAACCCUGCCCAUAAAUAUGGUGGCAGUUCGUGUCCUGGAGAGGCACGACGAACUAAGAUUUGUUCAACCAACCUUCACUGUCCAGUAAACGGUGUGUGGUCAGAGUGGUCUGAGUGGAGUCAAUGCACACACCCGUUUCAGAAGGAUAGAGACAUCCGCUGUAAGCAGUCAGGUGGCCACCAGACUCGAGAGCACAAGUGUCUUUAUCAAGCCUAUAACGGAUCUUUCUGCAGUUGGGAGUCCCUCACGGAGAGAAGAGUCUGUUAUGAUGUCAACAACUGUUUCAAUUUGAAGGGCACUUGGAACGGCUGGGGAGAGUGGAGUUUCUGUACACCACCCUGUGGAGUCAAGUCCAAACGCUUCAGGUUCAGAAACUGUAAACCUGAUUACAGUGAAUACAGCCCUACCAUUGGUCGUCUGAAAGAAAAAGCAACAUUCUUUGGGACUCCAAAGCCCGACUGUGAUCCGCUACCGGAUGGGGAAAAGAAACAUGAGAUUCAAUACUGUGUUAACGCUCCUCCUUGCUCCUAACAUGUUAAUCUUGACUUUAAUAAAAACAGCAUGUCUGAUGAAACUUCAA